UACGUUGUAUACUUUUGUAUAUACUUGUUUAAAAUAUUUUUAAAGCAAAAAUCAUUAGAUGAAUAUAGAAAAAUGUCUCAUAAGUAUGUAUUGAACUAUUUCAGUUUUCAAGGAAAAGCUGAAGUAGCUAGACUUUUGUUUCAUUGUAAAGGUGUGAAGUUUACAGACAAUCGAAUUAGCUUCCAAGACUGGCCAUCUCUCAAAAGUGAUAAUUCUAGGUUUCCAUUGGGACAAAUGCCAACUUUAGAAGUAGAUGGACAUGUUAUUUGUCAAUCUAUAGCAAUAAAUAUAUACUUGGCUGAAACAUUUGGUCUUUAUGGAGCAAAUGCGUUUGAAAAACUAGUUGUUAAUCAAGUAUGUGAGACUCUAGAUGAUUUUAUUAAUGAAUAUUUGGCUGUUUGGAAAAGUAAAACAUUAGACAAUGAUCAAAAGAAAAAAGCGUGUGCAGAAGUGCUUACAAAAGAGUCAACUAAAUUAAAGUUAUCUUUUAUUGAAAGAUUACUGAAGCGUAAUAACGAUGGCAAAAAAUUUUUUGUUGGUGAUUCGAUUACUCUUGGGGAUAUAGUAUUCUUUCACAUUACUGGAAUGGUUGACAAGUCAUUGCUAUAUGAUUUUCCUAUGCUAGAAGAUUUAAAUGAUCGAGUAAGACAUAGUGCUGAACUAAAAUCAUAUUUGGGUUCUCGAACACAUCCUCCAUUGCCUUAAACUUUGAUAUCUUAAAUAAAUGUUUUUGCUAUUUGAA